GCGCCUCUCUAAAUUCUGCUCGGCCUCCUGCCUGCCGGAGAAGAGAAGGCGCCAGUUUUCUGCCAUGUCUGAGGUGGCUCGGGAGGAGCUCUCUGCGAUCGCCGCUAUUUACUGUGAGAAGGGUGAAUGUGAAGUGCUGCAAAUAUCAGAGACUGAAGGAAUUUCAUUUAGAAUUCAGACCGGUGUGAAAGGACCUUUGGAGACAGAUGUAUUGUUGAAGCUGCUGUUUUCUUUACCGAUCAAUUACCCAUCAACUUUGCCGAAUAUCUCUGUCCACUCUGAGCAGCUUACAAGGACACAGUGUAUGGCAGUGAAAGAGAGAUUACUUGAAGAAGCAAAGAGACAUUUUUCACAACCCAUGAUACAUGAGCUGAUUCUCUGGAUACAACACAAUCUAAAGUACGUAGUUCAGCAAGACAAAACUUCAGCCUGCAGUGGGGAAAGUAUGCUAUCAACAGAAGCAACUACAGACAAUGCUGUAUCGACUGUCCUUUUGCAUUUAGAUCACAUGAGAGCUAAAGGAAAAUAUGUCAAAACACUGGAAAAGUGGUGCGCAGAUCUAAAGCUCACUGGAAGAGUGAUGUUCAUGGGCAAGAUGAUUUUUAUUCUUCUUCAAGGAGACAAGAGCAGCAUUAAGGAAUAUAUGGUUCUUCAGAAAACUAGCAAAGUAGAUGUGGACUCGAGCGGGAAGAAAUGUAAAGAGAAAAUGAUUAGUGUGCUCUUCGAAACAAAAGCACAGACAGAAGACAGAAGGUUCCAGGCAUUUGAAGUCAAAGAGUAUUCAACGCUGGAUGAGUUACAAAAUGAAUUUAAGGCUGCGGGACUGGCAGAAUUGUUCACCGAGUUUGUGCUGCCUCGGCUAAAAUAAUUUUGAAGCAAAUGCAUACGCCCGUGACUAAACUGUCAUUAAAUGUAUUGAAUGGUUGCUGAGAGAAGAUAAAAUGAAAGGUUUGGUGCUAAACAGCUCUAAAGCUUCUCUGUAGUGAAAUGUCAUAAAAAGCCAUCUCCUUGGCAAGAUACAAAAGAGAACUCUCACAUACUGAACAGCUGAUAGUUUUGACUGUGUGCACUGACAACUUUUGCUGGGAACUGCUAAGUUUGAACAAUUGAUGUUUAUGAAAUGUAGGUCAUAAGUGAAAGAUGAUGGGGAAAUCACUGUGUUCUUGUUGAAUUUGGAUGAAUCUCUUGUCUCUAAUUGUAAUUAAACUAUAUUUUAAAGAGGGUUGUUUUCAAAAUGACAUUUUUGACUGCUACUGGAAGACAUUCUUGUCUUUCUCCAUUGAAAAGCAGUACUGGGAAUAAAUGAAACAUUUAUUUUUCUUAUUCUAGUAUACCCCUUAGGUAGCUCAGUUGGCUGAAUUCGAAAAGUAGGAGGUUCCACUUACAUCAGGUUUUAAUCAAUGUAAUUGGUUUACUUGUUCCUUUUUUGAAUUGGGAUGAAAUAGUUUUGCAGAAGUCACAUUCAGAUUGCAAUCUUUUUAUGUUUAUGUUUUCAGCACCCUUCAUUAAUUAUGACUUAUUAAUAUAUAUAUAGGUCCUUUCAUUUCUAUUCAGCUUUAUAUCUUACCUGCUGCUUUUCUUUUUUGCUAUCUGUAUUCUUAAACAGACCAAACACUCCGGUCUCCUCCCACUGUUUUGUCUUUCAGCUGAUUUACUCUUCUGACUUUCUACACCUAGUUGUGUAUGUAGUAUGCAUUGAAAGGACUAGUGAGUGAAAGUGAAAGUGAGGUCGAGAUGUUCAGUUGGACUGCUUCCAGCAGCCGUAUUUAACAUCAGUCCCAUAAAAAAUGGACUAAAAGUUUCAGUGCAAGUAGUUUUUGCUCUCAAACUUAGCUUGUUUUCAGUUUGACUAAUGCAAAAUAUCUGAAUCUUCUGUUGGUGAAAUAAAGACAGAGUCUCUGCACAGGCAA